CUGCUGCUACUGCUGUGGUGUAAAUAUUGUGGUGUCUGGGCAAAACAGUGAGAACUUCAGUGUGUGUUGAUUGCCAGCUGUCCUGCUGGGUGCACCAGGAAGAUUAGAAGACACUGAGUAAAAGAUUUCACAAUGCCUGUUCUCCGAUAGCUGGACCUGAUGCUGAGGUCCGGUCUGUUCAUGAAGAGGGCCUACUCUGUCCUCCGGGUGGCAGUCUUCCAUCACAGGACACUGAGGCACUUUUCAGCCCCCUUCCUGAGCCUCGGAGGCCCCCGGCCCCCCUCCCUGCUGCAGGCACAGCCCCGCACCCCUGGGCUACUCCUUAGCUGCAGGACCUUUAAAAAAGUCCUCAAGACGCCCAGUGACCUACCAGCCUCUCCAGUGAGUGUGACGGACAUCAAGCAGUACCUGCGCUCCAAGAACAUCCCUUUCCACGAUGGCUACAGCUGUCUGCACGCCCGCAGCCUUUUCCGGGAGCCAGAAGGGGGCGCCGAAGGGCCGGAGAGGGACAGCUUCUCCAUGUUCAUCGACAAAACCACUGGGCAGUUCCUUUGCAAGGAGACGCAGGUGGAGGGCAGCUGGGAGGACCUGCAGGACUGCGUGGAGGUGUUGCAGAAGGAGCGCUGCUCCUCUCUGACCCCAGAGGUGUUGCUGGGAUACCGAGAGAGCGAAGAGGAGCAGGGGGAGCGAGAGGCAGACCACCGGGAGGUACUGAGGAUCUGGGCAAGCUCGGUGCCACUUUCCGAACUUCCUGACGAAGAAACCCAGCUGGUCAGGGCGAUGUUCGGCAUGGGCAAGAUCUCGAAUGCCACCCUGAAGAAAUUUGGGGUCAGGUUCUUCAAGCCAACUAAGGGUCUGGUCUUCCCCUGGUUCAGUGCGUGGGACUCCAGCCUGAGGGGGCUCAAGCUGCUGUCCGCCCAGCGUGGGGGCAACGACAAGGUCGUCUACUCCGAAGUCACUUUCCCGCGGCCUGGCGCGUACCGCAACCUGUUUGGGCUCCACCUGGUUGGCCGCAAGGAUGCGGAGGUUGUGCUGACCAGCCAGGAGGUUGACACGCUGGCCGUCACUCAGGCAACGGGGCUGCCCAGCGUGGCCCUGCCGCGGGGCACGAGCUGCCUGCCUCCCGCCCUCCUGCCCUACCUGGAGCAGUUCAAGAAGGUGUUCCUCUGGCUGGGAGGCGACAUGCGCUCCUGGGAGGCUUCCAAAAUCUUCUCCCGCAAGCUGGGCCUGAAACGCUGCUCCCUGGUGCGGCCCGGAGAGGCCCAGCCCUGCCCCAGCGAGGCCCUGGCCCAGGGCAAGAACCUCGCCCGCAUCCUGAAGGCUGCCAUCCCGGCCGCCCACAAGUCCAUCGUCUCCUUCCGGCAGCUCCGGGAGGACGUCUACGGGGAGCUGGCCAACAAGGACCAGGUGGCCGGGGUGAAAUGGACCCGCUUCCCCGAGCUCAACAAGAUCCUGAAGGGCCACCGCAAGGGCGAGCUGUCCGUCUUCACCGGCCCGACCGGCAGCGGGAAGACCACCUUCAUCAGCGAGUGCGCCCUGGACCUGUGCAUGCAAGGCGUGAGCACGCUGUGGGGCAGCUUCGAGAUCAACAACGUGCGGCUGGCCAAGAUCAUGCUGACCCAGUUCUCCAUGCAGAGGCUGGAGGACAGCCUGGAGCAGUACGACUCCUGGGCUGACAAGUUCGAGGACCUGCCUCUCUACUUCAUGACUUUCCACGGGCAGCAGAGCAUCAAGCCCGUGCUGGACACCAUGCACCAUGCAGUGUACCUGUAUGACAUCAGCCACGUGGUCAUCGAUAACCUGCAGUUCAUGAUGGGCCAGGAGUCUCUCUCUGUUGACAAGUUUGCACUGCAGGACCACAUUAUUGGUGCCUUCAGGAAGUUUGCCACCCAAAACAGCUGUCACGUGACCCUCAUCAUCCAUCCCCGCAAAGAGGAGGAUGACAAGGAGCUGCAGACGGCCUCCAUCUUCGGAACGGCCAAGGCCAGCCAGGAGGCGGACAACGUGCUGAUCCUGCAAGAGAAGAAGCUGGUGUCCAGCCCAGGCCGGCGGUCUCUGCAGGUGGCCAAGAACCGCUUCGACGGCGACGUGGGCAUCUUCCCGCUGGAGUUCGACAAGGCCUCCCUCACCUUCUCCUCCCCGAAGAGCAAAGCCUGGCUGCGCAAGGUCAAGAGCAACAAGGCCAACGAGCCCGAGGCGCGGGAGAAGGGGCCAGCGAAGUCCACGGGCCCAGGCGGGGCCGGGAAUAAGAAGCAAUAAUGAGGCUGAGGAAUUCACACCCCACCUGCCGAUGGCCAACACCAAGGCCACUGUGACUGCUGUGUUCUGAGCUUCAGCUCAGUAUCAUUUUAAUUACAUUAAUUAGGAACUUCA